UUUAGUAGGAUAGAUACCUAGAUAAUGUUGAUAGAUACCCUUGCUGUAGUUGCCAUGACGACUAAUGCUUACAACUGUCUACAUUUGAAGAAAUGAGAGUAGGCAUUAGUAUAAACCACAUACACUCACGACGUGUAUUUAUGAGGUUUUCUGUAGUUAAUAAAUUGUAACAAUGGGUUGUUUUUGUUGUAAGGCUGUAGCGUCUGAAGAGCCAAAAAAAUUGGUUUACUCAUGGGUAGAACGUAAGCACUUGAACCCAACAGAUUAUGUUAUCGAGAAUCUAUCCAAUAGUACAAUGUACAAAGCACCCGGUACAGUUGGCGGUCAACAAUUUGUUGUACGUAAUUGUGAAGAUUCCUAUGUGUAUGUAUUGGAUUAUUCAGACUCUGUUACUAUCGAUGACUGUCAAGGGUGCACUAUAAUAUUAGGACCGACUAAACAGAGUGUAUUCGUACGUGAUACAGUCAACACUACUAUAAUAGUUGCUUGUGGUCAAUUUAGAGUGCGGGAUUGUACAUCUCUGAAUGUUUCAUUAUUCUGUUCUACACAACCGGUAAUAGAGUCCAGUCGUGAAAUGAGUUUUAGUUGUUACCAACUGUAUUACAAUCAGUUGGAAGCACAAUUCAAGAAAGCCAAUUUGAACAUAUGGAAUAACAAUUGGCGAACUGUGUAUGAUUACACAUGGAACGAAGGAGAUAAUUGGAUGCUUACUGAGGUACCUAUUAGUUUGGAUUUUCCGGAGGAGUUAAACAAGUAUGGAAUAACGAGUGACCCUGUCAAUUCAUUAGUGCCACUUACAAAACGUGAACAGCAAUCUGAAGAUAGUUGUUUUGUUGCAUUUGAAAAUGGGAACGAGGCAGCACGAUUUGUUCAAGCCUUACAGUCACAUGAAACUAAUUUAACACUAGUCAGGUGCAUACAUCGUGAUGGUAUAAGUGUAAAAGACUGUGUACAAGAUCAAAAUAAAUUAUUUAAUAAUAAAAUACCAGUAAUGGUAGUUGGUUUGCAUAUUCAAGGAAAACAUGCUACAAAAAAAUGUUCAGCCAUUUUACAAAAUGAUUUUCCACAAUUUUCCACAUUUACUAGUAAAUCUAAAAAAGAAACCGACGAAAUGAUCAAGACGUUUUUUGUUUCAGUUGAAGAUGGCUUUCAAAUGUAAUUUUUUUGGCUGGAUUAUGAAAAAAGAAGUUUAAAUAUAUAUAUUUGUUUUAUUGUUUACACUUUGGUGUUUAGUAGACAGUAGUACUUAU